AUGGCUGAAACGGCAGAGCGUGGCGGAGAUCCAUGGCGAAACGGCCAGGACUCCCUCAAUUCGCCGAACGUCGUCUUUACCGUCGCGAUCGCCCAAGUCGUCGUGCGACGAGUGCUCGCAGGUCUGGAUGGAGCGGCGAGGGAGGAGGAGCUGGUGUUUGACGCCGUGCAUGCUGCUCUGGUGGCGCAUGGCCCAGGCCAGCUGCAGCGGCUGGAGCUGCGUGCGGUAGCGGACGGGCGGGUGCUGCUGCAUGCUGCAAUCGCCACUUCCUUCUGGUGCCAACCACAGACGGAUAUGCGAGUGCACAUGGUCACACCGGAUGGCACUCGUUGGAUUCUCAUGUUCGCAAGUCCCACAGAGUCUUGGGCCUUUCUUCUCGCCAUCGGCUUUGCUCGCGCCCUCGCCACCUCCCUCUCGGCGCACCUUGCCUCGGCGGCAGCACAGACCUACCCUCCGCACGCCUACGUACCCGUCCCGCCCACGCUGCAAGUAAGUACUGGAUGUGCUCGUCAUGCACUUUGCUCGUGCGCUCGUCACAUCCCUCUCCGCACACCUUGCAUCUGCGGCGGCACAGACCGGGGUUUAGGGUUUAGGCAGCACAAACGCCUACGUGCCCGUCCCUAG